AGGACAGGCUGACACUCUGUGACUGGGGUUGUGUGUGUCUGUGUGUGGCUUUCUGCUUUUUGUUUUUUUUCUCUCUCCAACUCUGAGCAGAAAGCUCAUUCAGUGCACAGCCACCUCUCGUACAGCGCUGGGCACAGGGACUGAUCUUUCACCUGCCCUCUGCCCACUAGGGAGGGCCAGGAGAAGGCGUUGCCAAUUGCAGCUUGCCCGCCUGCCCACUGCCUGAGCUCUCAGAGACACACACUCCGUGACAUCAGCCCAACAACUUGUGAUCCAGCAGGCAAAUCAGCCACAAUUAGAUAUUAAUUAAGUAUUAUGAAAGUUGAUUAUUUAAGUGAAUUCAGCUUUGGACUCUCUGACUAUGCUGAAAGAGGUGUUUGCACUGACGCAACCUCAGGAAAGCCGAAGAUGGCUGCCAAACGAAAAGGCGGCCUGAAACUAAAUGCAAUCUGUGCCAAACUCAGCCGGCAGGUGGUCUCGGAACAUGGGUCAGAUCUAGGAGAUGCGGAGCCAGGGCCCCUGGACAGCAGUGACAGAGAAGGUGAAGCAGAUCCCACGGAGGGUCUCAACACUGAUCAGCGGAGUGCAGAGGAGGACAAGCGGCGCAGGGAGGUGAUAGAAAAAUGGGUCAAUGGAGAAUAUACAGACGAACCUCCUGAGAGGAAGGUGAAAGAGUUCAAAAGGAUAGGUGUUGCAGAGCUGCCUCCUGAAGGUGUCUACAUGGUACAGCCCAAGGGGUGCAGCGAUGAAGAAGACAACACCGAGGACCCAAAAAUCACCCAAAGCAACAGAUACCCGGAGGAAAAGGAGUCAGAUAGGACUGUCUCUAAGGACGCUACAGAGGCAGCUGCAAAACUAACCUCAGGGGCAUCCUCAGGAGAAGCCUCGUCUUUGCGUGAAUAUGCAGCCAACACAAUGAGCGAAUUCCUUGGCAUGUUUGGGUACACGCAGCCCAAUGUACGCGAUGAACUGGCAAAGAAGAUUAGCUUUGAGAAGAUCAAUGCUGCUACCUCACAGUCCAUCUCUGCAGAAGACCUCCUCAGCAAGCGGGCCAGAUUCUCCAAAUAUGAGGAGUAUAUCCGGAAAUUGAAGGCUGGCGAAAACCUUGCCUGGCCUACCCAGGUGACAAAGUGUGAAGAACUUAACUCUAAAAACCUUCAGGCCAAGGAUGCUGUAGGCCAGCAACCAGCACUGCAGCCACUGCCCGCUAGGGUCCCUGGGCAUGAGGCAGCCAUUCUUCCAGAGUCAAAAACCACUGUUUUACCCCUGCCCACUGCUGGCAGCUCCCACAUGCAAAGCCUAAUAUCCCGACCUUCCAAAUACGACUUUUUCAUUCAGAAGUUAAAAACGGGAGAGUCCUUAAAGACGCAGAAUGGGAACACCUACAAGAAGCCCUCGAAGUACGAUUUAGAGAAUGUCAAGUAUCUUCACCUCUUUAAACCGGGAGAGGGGAACCAAGAUAUGGGAGGCUCCAUAGCUUUUAAGACAGGAAAAGUGGGACGCCCUUCAAAAUAUGAUGUGCGCAAUAUUCAGAAGCCUAUCCCACAAAAGGCAGCUGCAGUUGUCCCCAGCUUAUCCCCAGCACCCAUCACAAGCACUCCUGCCCCCCCUGUGCCAGCAGCAGAGCAGCCUGUGACUUUACCCUUCAACACUCCUGAAUAUAUGAAGUCUACCUUCUCUAAGACAGACUCUAUCACUACAGGGACAGUCUCCACAGUCAAGAAUGGACUGCCCCCAGACAAGCCCCCAGAAGAUGUAAAUAUUUACCAGAAAUAUAUUGCCAGAUUUUCAGGUAGCCAACACUGUGGACACAUUCACUGCGCAUAUCAAUACCGCGAACACUACCAUUGCCUGGAUCCAGAAUGUAAUUACCAGAGAUUCACCAGUAAGCAAGACGUGAUCCGACAUUACAAUAUGCACAAGAAGCGGGACAACUCCCUUCAGCACGGCUUCAUGCGUUUCAGCCCAUUGGAUGAUUGCAGCGUUUACUACCACGGCUGUCACCUUAACGGCAAAAGCACACAUUAUCACUGUAUGCAGGUCGGCUGCAACAAGGUUUAUACCAGCACCUCAGAUGUGAUGACCCACGAAAACUUCCACAAGAAGAACACGCAGCUGAUUAAUGAUGGAUUCCAGCGCUUCCGAGCCACUGAGGACUGCGGCACCGUGGAAUGCCAAUUUUACGGGCAGAAAACCACACACUUUCACUGCAGGCGACCAGGCUGCAGUUUCACAUUUAAGAAUAAGUGUGACAUAGAGAAGCACAAGAGCUAUCACGUAAAGGACGAUGCUUACGCCAAGGAUGGCUUUAAGAAGUUCUAUAAAUAUGAAGAAUGCAAGUAUGAGGGCUGUGUGUAUAGCAAGGCUACUAACCACUUCCACUGUAUCCGCACCGGCUGCGGCUUUACCUUCACCUCUACCAGCCAGAUGACCUCACACAAACGUAAACACGAAAGGCGCCACAUUCGUAGCUCUGGAGUCCUCGGCCUGCCGUCUUCCUUAAUGGGAGGCAAGGACAAUGACAUGGAAGAGUCCAGCAACGAUGAUCUCAUUGACUUUUCUGCUUUGAGUAGUAAGAACUCUAGUUUGAGUGCCUCCCCCACCAGUCAGCAGUCUUCCGUAUCCCUGGUCCCUACUAUUUCUGAGGCAUCUUCUCCACAGGCGCACAAAGCCACCAGCACCAUUCCACCCACUACAAAGAUCUCCAACAUCCUGACCCAAGCACUGCCCAGUAGCAUGCCCUUGGCUCUGGCAUUAUCUAGUUCUACACAACCUGGAACUGGGACAUUCUUUCCAAUCAUAAGUAGUCGUGGUGGUUCCUCUCUUCCCAUCAACUCUGCAAACAUAAUGCCCAUAGCUGCCCCUGACUCCUCUCCGCAGUCUGCUUCAGGCGCCAAUGAUCAAAAUAGCACUUUGCCAGCCUCUACUUCUAUUAUGGAAAGGAUGUCAGCUAGUAAAGGUUUAAUCUCUCCAAUGAUGGCAAGGUUGGCAGCGGCAGCCAUCAAGCAGUCUCCAUCUCCUGAAUCAGGUAUAGGACAACCAAUGGCUCGUGUUAGUGUAGGACCGUUCAAAACAGAACCUGCAGACUCAGAAGGGACAUUGCCCCAAAACAGCUCUCAGGAGCACAGCCUGGACCUGAGCUUGAACAGUUCUGAAUCCAAUGGACAAGACACAAACCCCGACCCAUCACUCCUUCCUGCUACUCUGAACAAGACCCAGCACUCCAAUUCCCAUCCAGGGAACCUCCUCAGCCUAAAAACAGACCCAGACAGCAGUGACUCCGGAGCUGGAGAGUCCACACAUUACCUAGGAAAGGUAAUGAAGGCGCUCGCUCAGGAAAAGCAGACGGAGCCCUGGAGAACCUAUCUGCGCAGGUUUGGCCCGGCAGAUGUGUGUGAUGCGCAGUGUGAUUUCCUGCACAAAUUGCAUUUUCACUGCAUAGUGGAAGAAUGUGGAGCCCUCUUCAGCACCAUGGAUGGUGCAAUCAAGCACGCCAACUUCCACUUCAGGACUGAUGUGGGUACUCCGAAGGGCAGCUCUGAUGUUCAUUUUGCGGGUGACAUGAAAAUCUCUUCAGAGGCUUCACCCCCGUUUCCCUCUGCUGUGGCACUUGGCUGCGAGGUUACUGCUCCCUGCUCCGCUGCUGUUCCUUCUACUCCGACAUUGCUGGCAUGGAAACAGCUGGCAUCCUCCAUCCCUCAGAUCCCUCAAGUACCCACCUCAGUGCCCAGUCUGGCAUCCUCACCCAUUGCAACAACAUCACUGGAGAACGCAAAGCCUCAAGUGAAACCAGGAUUCCUGCAGUUCCAGGAGAAUGACCCUUGCUUGGCAACAGACUGCAAAUAUGCAAACAAGUUUCACUUCCACUGUCUUUUUGGAAACUGCAAGUAUGUGUGUAAAACGUCAGGUAAAGCAGAGUCCCACUGUCUGGACCACAUCAACCCCAACAACAGCUUGGUGAACGUGCGAGACCAGUUUGCUUACUACUCUCUCCAGUGCCUAUGUCCCAACCAACACUGCGAAUUCCGGAUGCGAGGGCACUACCACUGUUUGCGUCCAGGCUGUUACUUUGUCACCAAUAUCACCACUAAACUGCCGUGGCAUAUAAAGAAGCACGAAAAGGCUGAACGGCGAGCAGCAAAUGGAUUCAAGUACUUCACCAAACGCGAGGAAUGUGGGAGAUUAGGGUGUAAAUACAAUCAGGUGAAUAGCCACUUCCACUGCAUCCGUGAUGGCUGUCAAUUUUCCUUCCUGUUAAAGCAUCAGAUGACCUCACAUGCCCGCAAGCACAUGAGGAGGAUGCUGGGGAAGAACUUUGAUCGGGUCCCUCGCCAGAUUCUUCCUCACACUCCAAGGAGCGACAACCUCUCACAGUUGAGUAGCACAGCAGCUAGCCCGUCCUCUACCGAGAACCUCUCUUCCUUCCAGACCACCCCACAAAACAUGAUGGACACAGAGACAGAUGAAUAUAUGGAUUACACGGCUGGUGGAAGCCCUGGUGGAAUGUCAUCCGAGUCCUCCAACCUAGACCGCAGCUGCUCCAGUACGCCAGUGGGAAAUGACAGCACUGAUGCAGGCUGCCAGGUCCCUUCUGCUUCUGGCGAUGCUCUGACCCACAAUGCACCACCAGCACCACCUGCAGCAGUGGCUGCCUUUCCUCCAGCCUUAGUCACUUCUCCCCUGUCUUCCCUCCCGUACCUGCUCUCUCCAUCCUGUGUCUCAUACUCCCUGAUCACUGCCAGCCUUGGGGUCAGCCGGGGCAUUGUGGUGCCAACCAGCAGCGCUCCAGCUUUCACACCAGUAAUAGCCACUCCAGCUCCAGCCAAAACUGAUGUCCCUCUAGUACAGGAUGCUGCAGGAAACACCAUCACUAUGCCGACAGCUUCUGGGGCUAAAAAGCGGUUUUGGAUCAUCGAGGACAUGUCUCCUUUUGGCAAACGACGUAAAACACCCUCCUCUCGCAAAAUGCUGGAUGAAGGGAUGAUGCUAGAGGGAUUCAGGCGUUAUGACCUGUAUGAAGAUUGCAAGGACUCUGCAUGUCAGUUCUCUCUAAAGGUCACACACUACCACUGCACUCGAGAGAACUGUGGCUACAAGUUUUGUGGUCGUACCCACAUGUACAAGCAUGCCCAACACCAUGACCGUGUGGACAACUUAGUUCUUGAUGACUUUAAACGAUUUAAGUCAUCCCUUAGCUGCAACUUCCCUGACUGCCAGUUCUCGGGAAAUAGCACACACUUUCACUGCUUGCGUUGUGGCUUCCGCUGCACAGACAGUACCAAAGUAACAGCUCACCGCAAGCAUCACGGAAAGCAAGAUGUCAUCAGUGCUGCUGGUUUCUGUCAGUUUAGCUCCAGCGCAGAUUGUGAUGUGCCCGAAUGCAAAUACAAGUUGAAGUGCUCCCACUUCCAUUGCACUUAUCCCAGCUGCAAGCACACUGUGGUGGGAAUGUCUCAAAUGGACUCGCACAAGCGCAAGCACGAGAAGCAAGAGAGAGGAGAGCUCCCAUCUGUUUCUCCUGGUCCUGAUGGGAUCACUCAAGCAGGUGCCGAGUAUGACAUCCAAAACCCAUCUGUGAAUUUGGACAGCUCCCUAAAUCUGAGCACAGACACCCAUAACUCUCUCCUUUUCCUGCAGAACGCUGUUGGGGUAGGUCUUAAUGACUCGCUGGACCUUAGCAAGAAGCCACAUGAUGGGUCUGUGUCUGGCACCAGGAAAGAACUGCAAGACAGUCUUGCGGCCAACUCCGGAGAUGCAGAUGAUGACUUGUCUCAGGAUGAGGAUGAUGAUGAUGAUGACGACGAUGAUGAAGAUGAAGAAAUGAAUGAAGACGAGGAGGAAGAUCUGGACACAGAUUCAGAUGAUUCCUUACCUGAUGAUGAAUGCUUAACAAGCAAAGGAAUCGAGCCAAGUGCUGAGGGUCCCACAAACCACUGUGACACUCCCCAAGCCCCACUCAACCUCCAGAUAUCCCCCUAAAUAAAGACUUUGAAUGUUUUAUAUCCCACGCACAGAGGGUCCUGCGCUCUACACCCACAUGAAUUAAAAAAAGAACAAGUGAAGGAAUAUUAAACUAAAACAGAAAAAAAAGUUGUGUCUUCUGCAAAGAUGGACUAAUAAAUAGACAGUACCGGGGGUACGUGUGGUGGCCAGCCCGCUUCAUUAGGAAAUCAUUCAUUCUGGUGCUUGAGAGCAGUGGGACAGCGCAGAUCUGUGCAUGAAUCCUCAAGACAUGAAGACCUUCUGCUCUUUCCCACUUAAGAGCAUCAGAAGAGCACUAUCAAGGGUGGGAGGGAGAGAAGAAAGGGGUACUUGUUGCUUCUCCUCUAGCUUCACAUCGUUGGAAAAGAUCCAUGUAUGGCUGUUGGGAAGGAGGAGGCCAAAUGGGCUGGGUUUUGGGGUAUUUAUUGACUAGCAUUGUCGGGUGCCCUGCGACAAGGAUAUCUGUCCUGUUCUUCCAGUUUGUCUCUGGGUUGUUCCCGGGAAGCUAAUGUUUUAUUUUAUAAAUAUUUAUAUAGAAAGCUUUCCUCUGCACCAAUUGCUCCAGUUUAUUUAUUUAUUUGGUAUUUGUUCUUGGCAUAUUAAAUUGGGACUUGGCUUAUGUGAGUGGCCACCAGAAUCUCACAUAGUGAGGUUCCUUUGUACCCUAUAGGACAUGCUGUUGCUGCUUAUUAAGACAUUGGUGAAAUGUAGUAAGGGUAGAUUUGUGUCAUAGAAGGUAUGCGGAAUGAAAAGACCCAUCAUCUGGUUGCCUCCCACUGCUGUAUCACCUUCAGAUCAAGGUCCACGUUAGAGACGGUUAUUACUCAGGGGUCUCCGCGGCUGCAGUCCCUCGUAAAAUAAUUUUCACUGUCCAGCCCAGCUUUACCAACCUCCUUGACUUUAGGCUAAAAAAAAGCAUGAAGGGUCCGGAAAAGAAAGGCACGUACCCCAAAGUAGGGGCUGGAGAAUGGGUAUUGCACCUCACGCCACUGAGUAUAGCACAGUAAAAGCCUCUCUCAGGUAGACAAAUAUUCAGUAAAAAUACUGCUUUUAUGAGCCUGUUGGGAAGGUUUAAUUGUUACAGCCCCUCAGAUGUCAAAGCUUUGCGAAACGCGUUGUCCGCAGCUUUGCCAUUGCAAGGGCUUUUAAAAAGCCAUUUUUGUUUAUUUUGGUUGGCAUAAAUAGAAAGAAAUGUUUCCUUACAUAAAGCCAUCACUGAUAGAAUAACAAAACUCUUUAAAAUAAACUAACAUUUUCAAAAUAAAGCAAAAUGUAGUCACAGGCGAAGUUAGGGGAGUAGGUUAUAGUGUCUUUCAACCCAUAAGUGAGGUGUUGACUCAUUACCAGAAAUACUGACAACACUAGAAGAUAAAUCUCCGCUAAUCCUACAAACCCACACUAACUAGACAGGGUCACAGACCGAAUCAGCUGUAUUUAUUACCCUGAACAAAGCAAACGGCAAGUAAGGGUUAAAGAGGAAGAAGCCUCAAGUGUUUGCAAUUAAUGGUGUCAGAGAGAAAUUCAUUCUGAUUAAACAAAAAAAAGUUGUACAGUAUUUUUUUCUGUAAAGGUUAUAUAUAUAUA